AUGGGCAUUCCAUUAAUGAAUAUCACAACGAAGAUCCUCAUUCUUCAUCUGUUACUACUAUUCUCUUCUUCUUCUUCUUCUUCUCCUGUAAAAGCCAUUAAUGGCGGCUUUGGCGUUGAACUGAUCCCAUGGCGAGGUCGUCCCGUGAAGUUGUCACCAUCUUCAUCAUCAAAAAUUGCUCAAGCACCAGUAAAUGGGUAUCUAGGUCAACAUCUCAUAAAGAUAUCCUUAGGGACACCACCAAAGGAAAUAUUUGGCAUAGCAGACACAGGAAGUGACCUUAUAUGGACUCAAUGUGUUCCCUGCGAUGGCUGCUACAAACAAAUCAAUCCCUUGUUCAAUCCUCAAACGUCGUCAACAUACAAAGCUGUCUCCUGCUCAUCGUCUCAAUGUCUCAUGCUUGAUCCAGUCUCUCGUGGGUGUGACCAAAAAGUCUGCAAUUACACUUACGCUUAUGCAGAUUCAUCAGAAACUCAUGGCUUUUUAUCACAGGAAACACUCACUUUGAAGUCAACCACAAGAGGAAAAGGUGGCCAGGUGAUGACGACCCUAAACAACGUUGUUUUUGGUUGUGGACAUAAUGAUAAAGGAACUUUCAAUGAUCAUGAGAUGGGUAUUGUAGGACUAGGUAGAGGACCAUUGUCCCUUAUUUCUCAAAUGGGUUCUUCUUUUGGAAUCAAGAAAUUGUUUUCACAGUGUUUGGUUCCAUUUCACACUGACACAAGAAUUUCAAGCAAAAUGAGUUUUGGUGAUGGAAGUCAAGUUUCAGGAAAUGGUGUUGUUUCAACACCUUUAGUAUCCAAACAAGACAAAACACCUUACUUUGUUACACUAAAUGGAAUUAGUGUGGAAAGCACGUUCCUUCCCUUUAAUGGUAACAAUAAUGCUGCAGCUGCAAAAGGUAACAUGCUUCUUGAUUCAGGCACGCCUCCAACUAUAUUACCUCAAGAUUUUUAUGACAGAUUGGUAUCGGAAGUCAGAAAACAAGUGGUUUCAUUGGAACCUAUUGAAGACGAUCCAGAAUUAGGGAACCAACUUUGUUACAGAACAAAUACUAAUCUUAAUGGUCCAAAAUUGACGGCUCAUUUUGAAGGUGGAGACGUUGUGUUGAAUCCAAUACAUACCUUUAUUCCUCCGAAAGAUGGGGUCUUUUGCUUUGCAAUGACAAAUACUAGUAGUGAUGUUGGAAUUUAUGGUAAUUUUGUGCAAGCGAAUUACUUAAUUGGAUUUGAUUUAGAAGCACAAGUGGUCUCUUUUAAGCCUAUGGAUUGUACUAAACAGUAG